AUGUCUUCGUUUAAAGAACUAGGGGUAUCGAGAUGGUUAUGUGAAACGCUUUCAGGGGUGAAAAUCACCCGCCCAACGAACAUUCAGGCGGGAACCAUACCUGAAAUCUUGAAAGGAAAAAAUUGUAUUGGUGGGGCCAAGACUGGUUCCGGUAAAACGAUAGCUUUUGCUGCUCCAAUGCUCAGCAAAUGGGCAGAAGACCCAUGUGGUAUCUAUGGUGUGAUAUUGACGCCAACAAGAGAAUUGGCGAUGCAAAUAGCUGAACAAUUUAGCGCCAUGGGAUCAAACGUGAAUUUGAAAACAGCAUUGAUAAUAGGUGGUCAAAGUAUGAUAGAACAAAGCAACAAUUUGAAGAACAACCCAGACUUUGUUAUUGCAACUCCAGGUAGACUGGCACAUAUCAUACGAGAACAUCCAGAUGACGUUGACGGCUUAAAAAGACUCAAGUUUGUGGUUCUUGAUGAAGCAGAUAGACUUUUGACCAGUUCUUUCACUGAACAUUUAGGUACCUGUUUUGAAGCAUUUCCAGAUUCUAGUAAGAGACAAACUCUACUCUUUACAGCAACUGUUACAGAUGCCGUGAGAUCAUUGAAAGAUAAAAGUGAUGAUGUGUUCAUACAUGAAUUAGAUAAGAUUGAUGAUGUUGUGAUACCAGAGAGACUAUCAUUGUCUUAUAUACUAACACCGUUCCUGGUGAAAGAAGCUAUUUUGCACAACUUGUUGACAACAGACGAGUUCAAAGAAUCCACGGCUAUGAUAUUUGUCAAUCGUUCUGAAACCUGUGAGCUUAUAAGAAGAAUUUUGAAAGCUCUAGACGUCAGGGUAACAGCCUUGCACUCUGAAAUGCCCCAGUCUGAAAGAACGAAUUCGUUGCAUAGAUUCAGAGCCGGUGCAGCAAGAAUAUUGGUUUCCACUGAUCUAGGUGGUAGGGGUUUGGAUAUCCCUUCGGUGGAGCUUGUUGUCAAUUAUGAUAUUCCAAGAGAUCCAGACGAUUUCAUCCAUAGGGUAGGUAGAACUGCUAGAGCUGGUAGAAAAGGUAGUGCCAUUUCUUUUGUUACGCCGAAUGAUUUGGACAGAAUUUUAGCGAUUGAAGACCGUACAGGACGCAAAAUGAGCGAGUACGAAAAGGUGACUGAUAAUGCUGUUAUCAAGGAUUCCCUAAAAGCUACGUUUGCAGCGAAAGUUGAUGCCAGAAUGGAUAUGGAUAAAGAAAAUUUCGGUGAAAGAAAGCAAAAGUUGAGAGAAAAAGAAAUGCAACGUAAUGGUGAAGUGGUAAAGCAGGGAAAAAUAACGAAACACAAAAAGCCAAAGAAAUCAGGCAAAAAGUGA